CAAAGUUUUUACAUUGGUCUCAUUGCAUUGCUUGAUCAGGAAAAAUAAAAUAUUAUCUGUCUGUCUUUGUCUCUUGUCAAUACAGCAGCUGACUGAUAAGGUAUUUUGUUUUUGCUCGCUUUAUCAACUUAUUAAAAAACCAAAAAAAUACACAAAUUAUUCAUUUAACAUUUUUUACAUGUAAGAAACCUAAGUCUAUACAAUGCUCGCCAGGUUUGUGAAUUCUUUGCCGACUGGCAUAUCGCAGCGAAUCACCAAGCUGUAUUUUCAAGUUCUAGUAAGGAACCAGCGAGAGUCCCACAGCUGCCAAGAACAUCACCAGUACACCAACAUGGAUGUAAAAAUAUUACCUGCUCUAAAGGACAAUUACAUGUACCUGCUUGUGGAUAGGGCCACUAAUGAGGCUGCAGUUGUUGAUCCGGUGGAAACAAAAACUGUCUUACAGGCUGUUCAAGAUCACCAAGUUAAACUCACUACGGUCUUAACAACACACCAUCAUUGGGAUCAUGCUGGAGGCAAUGAAGAAUUAGCUAAACAAGUUCCAGGGAUCGAAGUAUAUGGUGGUGACGACCGUAUUGGUGCACUGACUAAGAAAGUGGAGCAUAACACUAUCUUCAAUGUAGGAAAUUUGUUGGUUCAAUGCUUGUUCACUCCCUGCCACACAAUGGGCCAUAUCUGCUAUUACGUGACUACUCCAGAAGAAGGAUCAGAUGGUGUUGUUUUUACAGGAGACACAUUAUUCCUGGCUGGUUGUGGACGUUUCUUCGAAGGCAAUGCUGAACAGAUGUACAAUGCAUUUUCAAUCCUUGGCAGCCUCCCAGACAAUACCAAAGUUUACUGCGGUCAUGAAUAUACCCUACAAAAUCUUAAAUUUGCCGCACAUGUUGAACCAAGUAAUGAAGAAGUUAUCAAAAAAAUUGCUUGGUCGGAACAGAGGCGUGAAGAGGGAAAGCCUACGGUGCCUUCAACAAUUGGUGAGGAGAAGAAAUACAAUCCUUUUAUGCGAGUGUCUGAACUACCGGUAUUGAAGCAUGCUGGGGCACAGAACGCUAUUCAGGCCAUGAGGAACAUUCGUUUAGAGAAAGAUUCAUUCCAAUAAAUAAAAAACAUUUAAAAUCUUACUUAUGUGGACACAACUAUACAAAACAAUGUAAAUAGUAAUAUUUAAUUGAUGUUGUU